AUGGCGGCAGAGGAUCCCCAUGCUCCGGAGAACGAGAUCGACAGCCUGACCCCUCUACCGCUGGAUCACCGUCGAGGUCUCUGGGGUGUUUCCGUCCUGGCCGGCCUGUCGUUUGUUUCUUCUACGGUUCUCCUCGUGUAUCUCACCGUCAAGCUCGUGCGAUGGCACCUCAAGCAAUGGAGAUUGGAACGGCAACAGUCUACAGACGCUCAGGCACCUUCGUCGAUCGAUCUCACGCUUGGGCUUGCAGAGCGACAUUUCUUUCCACCGUGCAGGAGGAACAACAGCCGCGGCAGAGAGAAUGCCGAGUCGACACCACGCAAGAAGGCAUACCCAAACCAGUUCCUCGUCUUGGUUUAUAACCUUCUCCUGGCCGAUAUCCACCAAGCCAGCGCUUUUUUGCUGAACGCAGUCUGGUUAGGAAGAGAUGGUAUCAUCGUUCACACUCCCGCGUGCUGGGCUCAGGGAUGGCUUGUUUCCACCGGCGACCUCUCGUCAAGCUGCUUCAUCACCGCCAUCGCCGUCCACACCUAUCUGGCAGUAGUCCGGAACUACACCCCUCCGCAACGCGCAGUUUACGCCACCGUUAUUGGGCUCUGGGUGUUCAACUACCUCGUGGCGGGUCUGGGGGUUAUCAUCACCAGGAACGGAGCAGACGGCGGGGGGUUGUACGUUAGAGCCGCAGCCUGGGUAAUCCCCCCCUGCCUCCCCGCGGGAAAAAAGGGGAAAGGGGGGGUUGUGUUUUUUACAACCCGCUAG